AUGGAGUUCAAACCAUUUUACAAUAUGAAGCCCCUAUCAGAGGCUGAUAGAGAAAAAGCAGGAAAUCAGAAGAUUCCAAAACUAGCUGAAUUAUUGGAACUUGCACAGAAGGAAAAAAGAUCUGUGAUAUUUGAUCUUAAUGCCCCUGCACCAAGACAUUUUCACAGAAGCUUGUAUGUCCGCCAUGUAGUAAGCGUGAUCCUUGACUCUAAGAUCGAGCAACAGCUGAUUUUUUGGUUGCCUGGUUUUGAUAGGGAGUAUGUCAGGAGAAGAGCUCCUGGUUUUCAGCAAGUGGGCCAGUUAUUCUCCAUUGAACGCCUCACAAAAGAAAAUAUCAGUAGAAUAAAUGUUGACCACAAGAGGCUGUUCUACAGUGGAUUGAGAGAAUAUAAAGCAGUUAACAUCAACAUCAACUUAUACAUCGUCAAUGAACCUUGGCUUUUCUCACUGGCCUGGUGCUCCAGCAUUCAUUCAGUGACCACAGACAACAUUCAGGUCCUAAAUGAGAUAAAUCACCCUUACUUCUUCAUGACACCAAGUUACUAUAAGUUCAUGUGGAUUCUCGUGGAUUGUGUUUCUGCAGUUUUCAUUGUUGCCAUAUUUUAUUUUCAUUGGUGGAGAGAGAGCCAAAAAGAAAAAUUACUCCAGAGCACUGGCAUUCACACAGGUAAAUCAGAGGCCUAG